GUAUAAUAAAGUUUUCUAAAUUACUGACCAUUUUGUGCACAAUGCAAUCUUGUUUACGAUUGAGAAGGCUUUGCUUUGACCAUUUCCUCUAUUGCGGUAGUAUCACACUCGAAGUCUCACACGUGUAAAAUUUGUGAAUUUCUUAUUCAAAAUGCAGCAAAAAGCUACGAAAGAGCGUCUGCAAUGUGUGCAAGUGUUUGGUCGUAAGAAGAGCGCUACAGCUGUAGCCUACUGCAAGCCCGGCAAAGGCAAUAUCCAUGUCAAUGGCAGGCCUUUGGAAAUGAUCGAACCACGUGUUCUCCAAUACAAACUUCAGGAACCAAUUCAGCUCUUGAACAAGGACAAGUUUGCCGGAGUUGACAUCAGAGUGCGCGUGAAUGGUGGAGGUCACGUGGCUCAGAUCUAUGCCAUCAGACAGGCUAUUUCCAAGGCGCUUGUCUCAUACUACCAGAAAUACGUUGAUGAGGCUUCGAAGAAAGAGAUCAAGGACAUCCUGAUCCAGUACGACAGAACUCUGUUGGUCGCCGAUCCCAGGCGGUGCGAGCCCAAGAAGUUUGGUGGUCCAGGUGCCCGCGCCAGAUACCAGAAGUCAUACCGUUGAUUUGCUUCUCUUACAUUUUACAUUUAUAUUUAAAUAAAAUGUGAUUAAUUCCAAA